GAGGUUGUCGUUAGGUUGUUUACAACAUGGCUGGUUCUCAAGUGAAUUCGAAUUACUUGUACAAGACCUUUCAAUGAUCUGACUACGCUUUUAAUGUGGAACGAAGCUGCGCGUGAAAGUCUGCCACUAGCUUACUGAUAUUGAACAGCAUUAGUGUGAAGAUGGAGUUCACUGAUGAUGAGAUCCGAGAAGAGCUGGCUCGAUUAGGAUAUCAAAAUGUUCCUUCAGACAAACUGAUUGAGUUUAAGAAAGAUCUCUUGAAAUUAAUUCAUACAGAGAGGAGUAAAAAUACCUCUUUGAAUAGCAGUACUGAGGAACAGAGACAGUCAAGAUCACCAGUUGUCAAAGAAAACUCAGAAUUUGUGACUGGAAACUUCACCAAUCACGGGAGUCAGUGGAUUGAAAAGGAUGACAAAGAUGAUUGGUGCUAUAAAGGAGAUGGUGUAACAGGCACUUUAGAAUUUAGAGAAGAUUGGCAGUAUCGAGGAGGAGAUAAAACCACAACUUCUAAAAAAUAUGAUUAUUCAGGAGUGGAUCACCAUGACAGAGCGUGUAAAAGUGCAACUGCCACAAGGUCAGCAUCUGAGAUGCGCAGAAACGGUGUUCCUGGAUCUUAUGCCAAUUAUGAAUUGCCCUUGGAUGUGGAAAACGGAAAAAACAAUGAUAACCAAAGUAACAGCAUGAGGGAUGGAUUUGAGGAUGACAGUGGUUCCAAGAUGAUUAAAAGGAAAACAUGCAGAAAGAUGGAGGAUGGUUGCAGGAGAAUUGAUGAAUCUUUUUGUGAUAGCGAAACAGAUGGCAUCUUUGAGAUUUAUGAAAGAAUCAAAAGCAUGGCCAUGAGGGACUGCGAGUGUGGUAAAUCUCGGCCAACAACGGCAGAUGUAGAGCCCCCAUACCGUCUUAAAGGGAAGAAAAAUGCAUACCCAUCAUUUAUAAGAAAGAUGGAACCGCCUCACACCAGAAAUUUGGUGCGUCAAAAGCCAUUUGAUAGGCUGCGAAUGUACCAGAAACUGUGGAAGGCACAACCCGCAGCCGGGGAGGCACACCGGUUUGAGCUACACAAAGCUGUGCACGCCAAGUUGCUGGAGAAGGAUGAGAUCAAGGUGGACCACAAAGUGUAUGUGCCCAACAGAUAUGUUGUUCCCACGGAAAAACCUCGAAAUGCCCUGAGAUGGAAAGUACGACAGUGCCUAGAACGAUAUGAAAUGCCUCCUCAUGGAUUCUAUCACGAGACUUGAGAACAACAUUAGCUGCAAACAAUCUAUCUAGAUGGGAGGUUUUUAUCUUCUUUUAAUUAGCUGUAUUUUUCACUAUCGUUGACAUGAUUUGAACUAAAUAAAUUAUAUGUACAUAUUCCAUCGCAUGAUUUGCUCAUCUAAAUGAAGAUUUUGGUGCAUUUAUCAUUAUCCGUAUGAAUUUAUUCGCACUUCUUUUUAUCAAGCAGUUUUUCCUAGUACAGUGGUUAUGUAGAAGUAAUUACAAGCAUGUAUAGCAAGAGUCCUGUCUGGAGAUCACACUGCUACAAUAUAAACUGUUCUGGUAUUUCCUGUGAGACAUAAUUAUCAGUAUUAGAUGCACUGCAUUAACAUAGAUUUAAUUAUGGCUGUAGGUUGUGGUCAAGUUGCUUUGAAUAGGACUAGCUUGUAACAUAAAAAACAGAAAUGGCAUAAAUUUUAAACCAUCUUAUCCCUCUGCAGUUUGCAUGAGAAGAAUAAUUUGGAAAAUUUUGCAAUCACAUUAGUUAUGUUAGAAAAAAGAUCUUAAAAUUUUGGUUAGUUUUUUUUAAACAGUUAUAGAACAGAAAUUUUUUAAGCGAUGAUUUUGUCAUUUCUUGAUAUUUUUUACUGGCAACCUCCUCAGGAUCUUUAGUGCAUUGUAUGUGGCAACUAAUCUCACAUUUAUUUAUGUCUGUCCAUCUCAGAGGAUAUCAAUGUAUUUAUUGCUGUAAACAAAACUGAAGACCUACACAUUAAAAAAGAUUUGCAUACUUAAA